CGUAGUUGCUCUGCACUUUGGCAGACCGACAAACGCGACCGCGACUCUCGGCCAGAAGCACGGCUGAGGCUAAGGCCAGAACAGAACAGAACGGAACAGAGCUGAGCUGGGCUGCCGGAGAGCCCGGCCAAAAGGCAAAGGCAGCCAGCCGGGCCAACUAGUUUUUCUUUGGCUCCUCCUUUUGGCUUUUAUUGUACACGGUGGUUUGUUGUUUAGUGUGCCAUUGGCGCUAACAACGUGCGGUUCGGUCUUGGGUUUUCUCGCCGCCCGUUGAAUUCAGAGAGCGGAAUAGAUUCUAGCCCGAUUUCGGGGUCUAAGCCCACAAACAUAGGGGUGGAGUGAAAGUGCAUUGCAGCCAGAUCUGCAGAUUAGACAAACUUGAGUUCCUUGAACUUCCCAAAUAUUAUAGAUAUAUUAUACCUACGUGGUUUUCUCUGGUUUUGUGUAACCCAUUUAGUUGGCUGCACUUUAAAGGCGAUUACUAUAAAUAUUAAUAGGAUUUAUUGAUUGACUGGCGGUGGGCCAGAGCCAGAUCGACACGAGGCUUCGGACCCAUGUCCUUUCUUUCGCCCACACUGCGCCUGGAGAAUCUGUCCACGCAGCCCACGAUGACGCAGGAUCAUGUGCCCGAGGACCAGCGCUAUAACAAACAGAAUAUUGUGGCUCAAUGGUGUGUGCCCAUCAAUGGCAAGAUGUACCGCAUCGAGCUGGAACAUGGCACAACCAGUGGGCGGCGCAUGAUUUGGGUCAAUGGACGGGAAGUCCUGCGUCGCGACUGGAUGUUCAAACUGGUUGGCGAAGACACCUUUCACAUCGAUCAGACGCGCUGCAUCAUACGCGUUGAUCCUGCGCCGGGCUUCAAAUACGAGUACUCCCUCUACAUCGACGGCAAAUCGCACGACCAGUACACCGAGGACAUGACACGGCAAUAUCGACUGUGGCUAUAUACGGAUGAUGCGGCCGCCGAUGCGCCGCAGGAAUAUAGAAUAAUGCUCAAACUGGACACGCUGAGUCUCUACGUAAACGAUGAGCUGCGCACCGAGGAGUCGGUUUUUGUUCACGGCGGCACAGACACCAAGUUCCUGCUGCAGGACACGGAAUUCGUGCUUCAGGCACGCUCAAGUGGCAAUAAACAUGAUGGCAUCGUUCACACUCUGCUGGCGAAUGGGGUGGCAGUUCCGGAGGCGAAGAUUCAGGAGAUUAUGCAAGAGCCGGUCUCCAUUUUGCAGAGCAGCAACUGAGGGGCAAUGGAAGGCUCCUCCAUACGAUACGAUAGGAUAACGUUUUGCAUUUGUUGAAUUUGUGCCCAGUUGUUAAUAAACGUUUUUCGAAAGUUCUUUUCAAUUUGAUUAAAACAUAAACUUUGUCUUAUACAAU